AUGAAGACUCUGCAAGUCGUGCUGCGCAAGUUAUGUCAUUUAGGCCUCUGGAGCGCCGUGCAUACGAAAUUCUCACCUAGCAUUGGGCUUGUCCCCGGCGUAUUUCUCACCUUCAUUGUGUGGCAAGUUGUCCCUGGACUGCGGCUAGGGGACGAAUCGUCAAUUGCGACUGGCUUCUGGAAAAUCAUCGAGGACAGAAAGGACCGCGAUUUGAUUCGAGAUCUCUUUCAGCGGACCUAUAACUUUGGGGUUGGAUUUCGCGAGUGGAUCCGCGCUAAGCCAAUUCUCUGGAAUGAAGCCACACUGGUUGCAUUUGACCCCGUCAAGGUUCCAAAAGAUAAAUAUCCCUUGGGUGAUGAGUGGGAUCAUGAUACUUCGGGCUGGGAGUUCUAG